ACAAGGCAAAACUUCCCAUCUCUAAGAAAAUAUAAUGAUAUUUACAAAUUCUUUGACAAAGAAAACAUCAGCGCGUACCAAACACUAAUUGACUUCAACGACGAAAUUGAUGUAAAGCUCUAAACAGUACUCCAACAUCUUCUAUUUUUUGACCUGGCAAUUUCCACCUUAAAAAGGCGGGCGGCCAAAUAAUCCCACGCUACUCACGGGUAGCUUGGUAACUUAAAUACUAAAAAAAAAAAAAAAAAAAAAAAAAAAAAAAACACUCACGAAAAUUUUACAAAUUGUACAGUAUAAAGUAAUCGAGCAGAAUUUAGUUAGUAAAAGCAAAACAAAUCACGAAAUGCCCAAACCAAAGGCAAAAGCGAAGCCAAAAUCCAAAGCGGCGGCAGUAUCCGCAUCAAAAAGGGAGGCGACCAAGAACAACAAUGCCGUUUCGGCCGAAAAGGAAAACGAAAUGGAGAUCAGUGAUCCGACCUCCGUUCCCAUCCGGGAACAAUGCAGAGGAGGCGCGGAAUCCAUGUACACAAUAAUGCGUCACGCGGAACUCAAGGAGUCACUCCACAAGCGCUACGAAAAGGAGCUGCAGCAACUGUACUCGAGGAUGGGCCACCAAGAGUUUCUGAACACAUUCAUCAAUGUGCUGAAGACUGUACUCGAGGCGGAGGAGAGCAACGAGAACGGUAACAAGGCCCUGUCCUUUUGCGCGAAAUUCGUGACCAGCUUCGAGUCGGAGAAGACGCACCCCAUGAUGACUGAAACAUUCCACUGGCUGUUGACUACAUAUUCCAGCAGUCCGCACGUUCGCUAUCGGAUUUGCUACUUUGUGAAUCUGAUACUUGAGAAACUGGGACCCAAUGCGGCACUCGACGACACGCAGUGCGACGAGAUUCUCGAGACUAUGCUGGAGCGCGUGAAGGACGUGUCGGCCGGUGUGCGCAAGCAAGCAGUCCUGGCCAUGCAGCGUUUCCAGAUUCCGGACAAUCCCGUCGAUCCAGUUGUCUGCGCCUAUCAGUUCCAUCUGUCUGCGGAUCCCUUGUCCAGCGUGCGCCAGUGCAUUAUCACCUGCAUGGGCCGCAACUACAUCACGGUGCCCUACAUACUGCAGCGUCUGUGGGACGUGGACGAGAAGGUGCGCCGCCAUACGUACGUCAACAUGUGCAACUAUCCAGUGCGCGCCUACAGGGUGGCGCAGCGCCUGACCCUCCUGGAGCAAGGUCUGAACGACAGCUCGGCCAACGUUAAAAAGACGGUGGUAAACAUCAUGCUUAAGGCCUGGAUCGACUCCUACCAACAGAACUAUGUGGCUCUGAUAGCGGCCCUCAAGCUGGACUCCAGCGAGGGGGAGCUGAUGCGUUUCCGGAGCGUGACCAAGCAAAUGUUGCGUGAAAUCUUUGAGCAGACCGACAAUCUGCAACUGAUGGCACAACUGCCCCUCGGUGACGACUGUGAGCUGCAUCGAUGUGUACCGCUGGAAUGUCUCAACGUGGAGCUGUUGCUCUAUUGGCAGUGCCUCGGCGACUAUCUGGAGAGCACGCAGGCGGACGAAAGCGACCAGGUGCUGCCCGAACUGAGUGUCUUCUGCACCUAUGUGAACAAGUUCUGUGAGAGCCAGAAACCGGACAUGGACAAGUUCGCCCAGAUAGAGUUCCAGAACAUGCUGCUCUCGCUGGUGGAAAUCCUGGACUCGUACGACCUGGGCGACGAGAUUGGGCGUAGCAAUAUGAAGACGUUGAUCAAAAAUCUAUUGAAGGACUGUCUGCUCGACCACAAGAUCGUCCGCGUGCUCGUGCGUUGCAUGGAGAAGCUGAUCACCGACCUCAAUGACCGGAUGCAGUUCUUCAUUGAGAUCAUCUACGAGACGUGUGACCUUAAUACCAAGCAGAAUGAGCUAGUGCACGAUCGCAAUCUGAUCAGUACGUUGCUGGACGACUUGGACACGCCCUCGAAGAUGAAGAUAUCCUCGUUGAAGGUGAAGAUCUUAGAGCUGGAGGAACAGGAGGAUAACUUUGGGCGCCAGAAGGAGUAUAUACAGGCUCAGUCCGUGAAUAAGGAGAAGAUGGCUGUCACAGAGGAGUACACGGAGCUGAUCAAACCGCUGCUGGUGAAGCACGGCUUUCUGGACAUGCCCGCCCGUCCGAAGCUCUCCAACCAGGAGCGUGUCCUGAAAGGCCUGUUCACCUCAUACUAUAUGGUGGCCUCUCCGCAUGUCCAGAAGCUCACUCCCAGCAUAUGUAAGCUGUACAAGGACUUCAUUUGCCGCCAUCUCCACUCCUCGGAUGUGGACAUCUUCGAAUGGGCCAUCAAAUGCGGCAACGCCUACAGUAUGUUCUAUGAGGCAUACACCGAGACGGUGUUCCGGGUUGUAUACCAUCAGUUCGACAAUAGCAAGGAGGUCCGUCUGUGCGAGACCUCUGUCAGCUGUCUUCUCGAGCUGAUGGAUCACUAUGGCAUCGACUAUGUCGACAAGUUGAGCCGGAAGAUAGAUGCUAGGGGGCUGGGGUCUAAGACGUCCAAUCGCCGCCAGCUCUAUACCGUGCAGGAUACAUACGACGGGGAGGAGGAUGGCGAUCAGACAGUGCAGAACAGCGAGCAUAGCGUCGACAUCAUUAUGGCGAUUGGCCGCUAUAUGGAAAUGGUGGUCGACAAGGGCGUGAGCCUGGCCAUAGUGCGAGGCCUUUGUCGCUUGGUCCUGCGCGGUCACAUCGACGAUCGGCCCGAGGUGCUCGAGCAGCUGCUCAAACGCUACUUCAAUCCCAACGCAGAGCCAAUCAUCAGCCAGGUCCUGGGCAUGUUCUUUGAGAACCUUGUCCGCCUCAAGAAGCAGGCGCUUCUGCAACCCUGCCUUCUGCCCACUCUGUGGACCGUCAUGAACUGCAGCUUCGACGCGCCGCUGAACGCCGUUCAGCCCGAUUACGUGGUCAAGUUCUUCAUCGAUUUGACGAUUCAGGAAGCCAGCUCCCCGAAGAGCAACAUACACAACAGGAUCGCUCUGAGCUUCCUGCACUACAUACAGAACUAUUUCACCGAGCGCAGGGAAAUGUGUCGCCUGCUGGCCAAAGAGCUCACCAACCUCACUAUUAACGUGCUCAACGGACAGGAAGUCAAGACUGAAAUGUUGGAGAUGGCAGACAAACUGAUCACGAGCGAACUAGAGCCGCGUUUGGUCAAGAACAUUAAAGUCUUUAAGACGAUGCUCGACGGUAGCUUUAAUCCACCAUCACGUGAGGCGCGCGACGAUCUGGAAAGCGACGAGGAGUGCGACACUGCGACUGUGGCAUCUGAAAAUAUAGUGCAGUCAGAGCAGGUGUCAGUCACAAAUCCUGAAAAAUCUGCGACCGAACAAACCCUGACAAACGCAUCUGAUCCACAGGCUGAAGCAUCGGCUAUAGCACCAACUGCAACGCAAGUUUCAGAGCCUAUCUUAACCACUUUCGGCACUGAGAAUCGUGCCCGUGACUGUCCGGGAAUGCAGGAAUUUUAAAGAUUAUUGAUUUUUCUCUUCUGCGGCUGCUGGUGAACAAGGUCACAUCGCUCCAAGGAGCACACACACUCACCAUUGUUGACGCAGGCCGUAAACACAAUGGACCAGAUGGUCAGGAGGAAGUAGGCGAGCGUGAGGAGCACUCGGCACAUGGUUCAAGCCACCAGCUUCUAUUUAAUCUACGCUGGUGUUCCAAAUGGUCCGCCAACAGUCGCUUGCAUGUUUGUUGAUAUUUUAUCGAUAUAUCGAUAUGGGACCUUAUAUUAUAAGGAUGUGCCAUUUCAUACAUCAAACGUAUCGCAGAAAACUAAAUCCCAGGUUAUCUGGCUCAUUAUGAGCCAGCCAGGAGAGCAACGCUUUGCAUGUGUUUUAUUUUCGGUGCGAUAUUUUUUUCGACGAUUAGAUUAAUAGAAAUAUCUAGACUGUAAGUGCUUACCAAAUCACAGACCCAAUUGCCUAUUAUAUUCCAAGAAGGAAGAGUACG